CAUGAUUUGUAUGUUUUGUUGCAUUGAAUGACAAAUAAAUGUGUGAUUUGUUUGUCAAUUGGUCUACAAAUCAAACAAAAUGUUAUCCCAUUUGGUGAAGAUAUCACUGAUUAGAUGCAAAUUGGGAUCAAUUCGUCUUCUCCACGAACAGUCAGAAGUGCCACCAAUUCGUGUCUUCGUGAAGGACCGUUACCGGAAUUUCUUGGACAGUCUUAGGCUAACAGUGAGCGGUGGAAGUGGUGGACACGGAAUACCUAAGUUUGGAGGAAUGGGAGGCAGUGGUGGUAAUGUCUAUGUGGAAGCGGUGGAGAAGAUGACUCUGAAGAAGUUGUCUAAACGGAAAUACACGGCCUCUUCAGGUGAGAACAGCGCUCACUAUCGGGUCAUCGGAGACAACGGAACCGAUUGUGUGAUCAAAGCGCCGGUCGGUGUGACUGUCGUCAGCGAAAACGGCAAGACUUUGGGAGAGUUGGAUAAAGUGGGCGACAGAGUGUUGGUGGCAUUGGGGGGAACGGGUGGUAACCAACACAACAACUAUUUGGGACUUAAGGGUCAAAAGCAGACCAUUGUAUUAGACCUGAAACUGAUAGCCGACGCCGGACUCAUCGGUUUCCCAAACGCUGGCAAAUCAACGCUUCUGAAAGCCGUGUCGCGAGCGUCGCCUAAAAUAGCAAUAUUGACAAACUUCGAGAUUGCAUCCGAAGUUCAAUUGAUUUAA